AUGGACGCCAAUUCGCCACUAGAUGAACUCCAAUGGAAGUCGCCGGAGUGGAUCAAUGCCUUUGGGUUAAGGACCGAUAAUGUGCUAGAGUAUUUCUCUCAGUCGCCGUUCUUCGAUAGGACCGCCAACAACCAGGUGCUGAAGAUGCAGUCUCAGUUCAACGAACAACUCCAGAACAUGUCGCCUGAGAAUAUAGCCCAGGAGCUGAAAAAGAUGAAAGGAGUGGAGUUUGUGGUUGCCUCCGUCCGAGAGCCGGACUUUUGGAUCAUUCGGAAACAAAACCGCACUAGCCCCACAGAGACGCAGCCGCUCGCGGACUAUUAUAUUAUUGGCUCCAGUGUUUACAUGUCGCCUGCUGUGAGUUCCAUCAUUUCGUCGCGAUUGCUUAGUACAGUACUGUCUUUGCGAAACUCGCUCAAUAUUCUCCAAACACUACCGAAGUUUUCGCCUUCGGAGGGCCACAAUUACAAUGUGAACAUAGCCGAAGGUGCAUCUGCAGUCGGACACCCAUCGCUGUUACCUUCCAAAACGGUCACUAUUUCUUCAACACCAAUGGUGAGCUCAGGGUCUGUGGCAGGCUCCAAUGCAGGGUUCACAGGUAACGCAACGGUUUCGCAAAUGGUGGGGUCCACAUCAUCUACAGCCACCUCAGCCACUACCUUCAAUAACUUGCUGAAUUUGUCCAUGGCUGAUAACACGGUUUAUCUCGAGGAUUUGCCGUUGGCAGGAGUAGAUCCAACUCAGGGAACCAGCAAUUUAGCUCCGCCCGGUACUACACGGGCCAAGGUGGACAGCUCUAGGGUGCAAUAUUCCAAGAAACCUGUUGCCAGAUAG